AUGGCCACUCAGAGUCAGAUACUGCUGGAAUACCUGCCCAAGUCUGAAGGCCUUUUGCCUAAAUGGCAGCUCAUAGUCGCCACAAUGGCUGUGUUCAACACUAUUCAGAACUUUGCGACACUGAAGCUGACCCGCAGGCUUUAUGCUCGCGUUCCGUCUGCCUCAAUUACACCACUCCAGGCUCGAACGUUCGCAGUUUGGACAUUGACAUCAGCGGUCGUACGGGGAUAUGCUGCGUACAAUAUCAACAACAAAACGAUUUAUGAUAUGGCUCUUCUCACGUACCUUAUCGCAUUUGGGCACUUCACCUCUGAGAUAUGCUUCUUCCGCACAGCUAAAAUCAACCUACCUGUCCUGAGCCCUGUGAUUGUCUCUACUGCAUCACUGAUUUGGAUGUUGAGACAGUAUGAUUUCUAUGUCGCACCUUGA